AAAAAAAAAUUCCCGUGAAUGGGUUCAUUUGAUUUGAUCGUAAUAUUCAAAUUGCUGCAUUCAAGCAUUACUUCUGAUUUAUACAGUUUAAAUAUGCUCGAAUUAUCGUAAUUGAAAUUAUUAAGGAUUAAAAAAAACAUGGCAAGUUCUGUAAUAAUUGCUGGUCUGGGCAUGGCUGCUGUAGGCUUCGCAGGGCGAUAUAUACUAAAACAGAUACCCAAUGCUUCUACCAAAUUUACUGAAGCCAUAAAAAACUUGCCGAAAUUCGACGCUGAGUCUUUAGCUAAUUCAAAAUAUUACAAAGGUGGUUUCGAACCGAAAAUGACGAAAAGGGAAGCCUCGCUUAUAUUAGGUGUCAGCCCAACUGCUAGUAAAGCCAAGAUCAGAGAUGCUCACAGAAGAAUAAUGUUACUAAACCACCCUGAUCGAGGAGGGUCACCAUUGAUAGCUGCUAAAAUUAAUGAGGCAAAGGAUGUGCUAGAAUCUGGCAAAUCAUGAUUUUACAUCAUUGUGUAUCAUAGGGACAAUUUGUCUAUAUUUGUAGUUUCCAAUAUUAGUCCUGUAUAAUUACAUUAACAAAUUUUGUUAAGAAGCAGGUUGCAUGAAGGGUUACUUGGGGGAUGCUUCAAUAUUGUGAUAGACUAAUAUAAUAAUAAUAAAAAUAUGGUAAGAACACAAAUGCAAAAUAAUCCCUUAAUUUUAUUUGGGAUAACAACAACCAUUGUACAAUUUUAAUCUUAACAUACUUUCAGUGUGCUUUUUGGCAUAGGCCAAUUACAUAUAUCCUCUAAAAUAAAUUAUUGACUAUGGAAGUAUUUGUUAGUUAAAAGAAGAAAAACAAUAUGAGAAAAAAGUGAAAAACAUAUCAUAUUAAAAUAAAUAGUCACAUGAAUAUCUAUUAAUCAAUCAAUAUGCAUAUCGGAUUUCUCGCGAAUGCGCGAGAAUUCCGCGGAAGACGGACGCGACGUAAUUUUUGGCACGUAUCCAUUUGUAUGUUACACAAUUGACUAUAAAAUUCAUUAUGUUAUGUGUAGUAUCGUUACAAAAAUUCGCUUCCUUUCCGUUCCGCCGCAAUUUAAAUUGAGGCUUAAUUCUCAGGUAUUUCCUAAAAAAUUAAAAAGUAUAUAGUUAUUUAUUAAAGAGA